AUGGGACUUGGCCAGGCAGAUAGCUCGAUGCUCAAUAGGGAAGCCCAGCUGCGUGCUGCUGAAGCCGGGGGAGGGGCUGCAUCUGCCAGCCUUCCUCAAGGCUGUGGCCUGUGCCACAGACAGGAAGGCCCUGGCAGGUCCCAGUUCCUCUGCCCUGAGGUGGCCUUGGGGACUCAUAGCAGCCCACCCUGCUUCCUGCUCCCCUCCCUCACUGAUUCCUCUUCCCUCUGCCCAGGCCUGGCCAGCAGCCCCGAGUGUGCUUGUGGUCGGAGCCACUUCACAUGUGCAGUGAGUGCUCUUGGCGAGUGUACCUGCAUCCCUGCCCAGUGGCAGUGUGAUGGAGACAACGACUGCGGGGACCACAGCGAUGAGGACGGAUGUAUGCUACCUACCUGUUCCCCUCUCGACUUUCACUGUGACAAUGGCAAGUGCAUCCGCCGCUCCUGGGUGUGUGACGGGGACAACGACUGUGAGGAUGACUCGGAUGAGCAGGACUGUCCCCCCCGGGAGUGUGAGGAGGACGAGUUUCCCUGCCAGAACGGCUACUGCAUCCGGAGUCUGUGGCACUGCGAUGGUGACAAUGACUGUGGUGACAACAGCGAUGAGCAGUGUGACAUGCGCAAGUGCUCCGACAAGGAGUUCCGCUGCAGUGACGGAAGCUGCAUUGCUGAGCACUGGUACUGCGACGGUGACACUGACUGCAAAGAUGGCUCCGAUGAGGAGAGCUGUCCCUCAGCAGUGCCAGCACCCCCCUGCAACCUGGAGGAGUUCCAGUGUGCCUAUGGCCGCUGUAUCCUCGAUAUCUACCACUGCGAUGGCGACGAUGACUGCGGAGACUGGUCGGACGAGUCUGACUGCUCCUCCCACCAGCCCUGCCGCUCUGGGGAGUUCAUGUGUGACAGCGGCCUGUGCAUCAAUGCAGGCUGGCGCUGCGAUGGUGACGCGGACUGUGAUGACCAGUCUGAUGAGCGCAACUGCACCACCUCCAUGUGUACAGCAGAACAGUUUCGCUGUCGCUCAGGCCGCUGCGUCCGCCUGUCCUGGCGCUGUGAUGGGGAGGACGACUGUGCGGACAAUAGCGAUGAAGAGAACUGUGAGAAUACAGGAAGCCCCCAGUGUGCCUCGGACCAGUUCCUGUGUUGGAAUGGGCGCUGCAUUGGGCAGAGGAAGCUGUGCAAUGGGGUCAACGACUGUGGUGACAACAGCGACGAAAGCCCACAGCAGAAUUGCCGGCCCCGGACGGGUGAGGAGAACUGCAAUGUUAACAACGGUGGCUGUGCCCAGAAGUGCCAGAUGGUGCGAGGGGCAGUGCAGUGUACCUGCCACACAGGCUACCGGCUCACAGAGGAUGGGCACACGUGCCAAGAUGUGAAUGAGUGUGCCGACGAGGGGUAUUGCAGCCAGGGUUGCACCAACAGCGAAGGGGCUUUCCAGUGCUGGUGCGAAACAGGCUAUGAACUACGGCCCGACCGGCGCAGCUGCAAGGCUCUGGGGCCAGAGCCUGUGCUGCUGUUCGCCAAUCGCAUCGACAUCCGGCAGGUGCUGCCGCACCGCUCUGAGUACACGCUGCUGCUUAACAACCUGGAGAACGCCAUUGCCCUUGAUUUCCACCACCGCCGCGAGCUUGUCUUCUGGUCAGACGUCACCCUGGACCGGAUCCUCCGUGCCAACCUCAACGGCAGCAACGUGGAGGAGGUUGUGUCUACUGGGCUGGAGAGCCCAGGGGGCCUGGCUGUGGAUUGGGUCCAUGACAAACUCUACUGGACCGACUCAGGCACCUCAAGGAUUGAGGUGGCCAAUCUGGACGGGGCCCACCGGAAGGUGCUGCUGUGGCAGAACCUGGAGAAGCCCCGCGCCAUUGCCUUGCAUCCCAUGGAGGGUACCAUUUACUGGACAGACUGGGGCAACACCCCCCGUAUUGAGGCCUCCAGCAUGGAUGGCUCUGGACGCCGCAUCAUUGCUGAUACCCAUCUCUUCUGGCCCAAUGGCCUCACCAUCGACUAUGCUGGGCGCCGUAUGUACUGGGUGGAUGCUAAGCACCAUGUCAUUGAGAGGGCCAAUCUGGAUGGGAGUCACCGUAAGGCUGUCAUUAGCCAGGGCCUUCCGCAUCCCUUCGCCAUCACAGUGUUUGAAGACAGCCUGUACUGGACAGACUGGCACACCAAGAGCAUCAAUAGCGCUAACAAAUUUACGGGGAAGAACCAGGAAAUCAUUCGCAACAAACUCCACUUCCCUAUGGACAUCCACACCUUGCACCCGCAGCGCCAACCUGCAGGGAAGAACCGCUGUGGGGACAACAACGGAGGCUGCACGCACCUGUGUCUGCCCAGUGGCCAGAACUACACCUGUGCCUGCCCCACUGGCUUCCGCAAGAUCAGCAGCCACGCCUGUGCCCAGAGUCUUGACAAGUUCCUGCUUUUUGCCCGAAGGAUGGACAUCCGUCGAAUCAGCUUUGACACAGAGGACCUGUCUGAUGAUGUCAUCCCACUGGCUGACGUACGCAGUGCUGUGGCCCUUGACUGGGACUCCCGGGAUGACCACGUGUACUGGACAGAUGUCAGCACUGAUACCAUCAGCAGGGCCAAGUGGGAUGGAACAGGACAGGAGGCUCUUGUGUUGGCCAUGGAAGGUAAGAGGGUGAAUGAACAAGACUAGAAUUAAUCUCUGUAUCCCUUCUUGGUAGGUACAGACCGGAUUGAAGUAGCCAACACAGAUGGCAGCAUGAGAACAGUACUCAUCUGGGAGAACCUUGAUCGUCCUCGGGACAUUGUGGUGGAACCCAUGGACUUUGUUGAAGAUGACACAGUGUUGGGGCCCUGGCAGGUACUGAUCGGAAGCCAGCUCCCCCACCCAUUUGGGCUGACCCUCUAUGGAGAGCGCAUCUAUUGGACUGACUGGCAGACUAAGAGUAUACAGAGCGCUGACCGGCUGACAGGGCUGGACCGGGAGACUCUGCAGGAGAACCUGGAGAACCUGAUGGACAUCCAUGUCUUCCACCGCCGCCGGCCCCCAGUGUCUACACCAUGUGCUAUGGAGAAUGGCGGCUGUAGCCACCUGUGUCUUAGGUCCCCAAAUCCAAGCGGCUUCAGCUGUACCUGCCCCACAGGCAUCAACCUGCUGCCUGAUGGCAAGACUUGCUCACCAGGCAUGAACAGUUUCCUCAUCUUCGCCAGGAGGAUAGACAUUCGCAUGGUCUCCCUGGACAUCCCUUAUUUUGCUGAUGUGGUGGUACCAAUCAACAUUACCAUGAAGAACACCAUUGCCAUUGGAGUAGACCCCCAGGAAGGAAAAGUGUACUGGUCUGACAGCACACUGCACAGGAUCAGCCGUGCCAAUCUGGACGGUUCACAGCACGAGGACAUCAUCACCACAGGGCUACAGACCACAGAUGGGCUCGCGGUGGAUGCCAUUGGCCGGAAAGUGUACUGGACAGACACGGGAACAAACCGGAUUGAAGUGGGCAACCUGGACGGGUCCAUGCGGAAAGUGUUGGUGUGGCAGAACCUUGACAGUCCCCGGGCAAUCGUACUGUACCAUGAGAUGGGGUUUAUGUACUGGACAGACUGGGGGGAGAAUGCCAAGUUAGAGCGGUCCGGAAUGGAUGGCUCAGACCGCACAGUGCUCAUCAGCAACAACCUAGGAUGGCCCAAUGGACUGACUGUGGACAAGGCCAGCUCCCAACUGCUGUGGGCCGAUGCCCACACCGAGCGAAUUGAGGCUGCUGACCUGAAUGGUGCCAAUCGGCAUACGUUGGUGUCACCGGUGCAGCACCCAUAUGGCCUCACCCUCCUCGACUCCCAUAUAUACUGGACUGACUGGCAGACCCGGAGCAUCCACCGUGCCGACAAGGGUACCGGCAGCAAUGUUAUCCUCGUGAGGUCCAACCUGCCAGGCCUCAUGGACAUCCAGGCUGUGGACCGGGCACAGCCACUAGGUUUUAACAAGUGUGGCUCGAGAAAUGGCGGCUGCUCCCACCUCUGCUUGCCUCGGCCUUCUGGCUUCUCCUGUGCCUGCCCCACUGGCAUCCAGCUGAAGGGAGAUGGGAAGACCUGUGAUCCCUCUCCUGAGACCUACCUGCUCUUCUCCAGCCGUGGCUCCAUCCGGCGUAUCUCACUGGACACCAGUGACCACACCGAUGUGCACGUCCCUGUUCCUGAGCUCAACAAUGUCAUCUCCCUGGACUAUGACAGCGUGGAUGGAAAGGUCUAUUACACAGAUGUGUUCCUGGAUGUUAUCAGGCGAGCAGACCUGAAUGGCAGCAACAUGGAGACAGUGAUCGGGCGUGGGCUGAAGACCACUGAUGGGCUGGCAGUGGACUGGGUGGCCAGGAACCUGUACUGGACAGACACAGGUCGAAAUACCAUUGAGGCAUCCAGGCUGGAUGGUUCCUGCCGCAAAGUGCUGAUCAACAAUAGCCUGGAUGAGCCCCGGGCCAUUGCUGUUUUCCCCAGGAAGGGGUACCUCUUCUGGACAGACUGGGGCCACAUUGCCAAGAUCGAACGGGCGAACCUGGACGGUUCUGAGCGGAAGGUCCUCAUCAACACAGACCUGGGCUGGCCCAACGGCCUCACCCUGGACUAUGAUACCCGCAGAAUCUACUGGGUAGACGCCCAUCUGGACCGGAUCGAGAGUGCUGACCUCAACGGGAAACUGCGGCAGGUCUUGGUCAGCCAUGUGUCCCACCCCUUUGCCCUCACACAGCAAGACAGGUGGAUCUACUGGACAGACUGGCAGACCAAGUCAAUCCAGCGUGUUGACAAAUACUCAGGCCGGAACAAGGAGACAGUACUGGCAAAUGUGGAAGGACUCAUGGAUAUCAUCGUGGUUUCCCCUCAGCGGCAGACAGGGACCAAUGCCUGUGGCGUGAACAAUGGUGGCUGCACCCACCUCUGCUUUGCUAGAGCCUCGGACUUCGUAUGUGCCUGUCCUGACGAACGUGAUAGCCGGCCCUGCUCUCUUGUGCCUGGCCUGGUACCACCAGCUCCUAGGUCCACUGGCAUGAGUGAAAAGAGCCCGGUGCUACCCAACACACUACCUACCACCUUGCAUUCUUCAACCACCCGGACCCGCAUGUCUCUGGAGGAGGUGGAAGGAAGAUGCUCUGAAAGGGAUGCCAGGCUGGGCCUCUGUGCACGUUCCAAUGAGGCCGUUCCUGCUGCUCCAGGGGAAGGACUUCAUAUCAGCUACGCCAUUGGUGGACUCCUCAGUAUUCUGCUGAUUUUGGUGGUGAUUGCAGCUUUGAUGCUGUACAGACACAAAAAAUCCAAGUUCACUGAUCCUGGAAUGGGGAACCUCACCUACAGCAACCCCUCCUACCGAACAUCCACACAGGAAGUGAAGAUUGAAGCAAUCCCCAAACCAGCCAUGUACAACCAGCUGUGCUAUAAGAAAGAGGGAGGGCCUGACCAUAACUACACCAAGGAGAAGAUCAAGAUCGUAGAGGGAAUCUGCCUCCUGUCUGGGGAUGAUGCUGAGUGGGAUGACCUCAAGCAACUGCGAAGCUCACGGGGGGGCCUCCUCCGGGAUCAUGUAUGCAUGAAGACAGACACAGUGUCUAUCCAGGCCAGCUCUGGCUCCCUGGAUGACACAGAGACGGAGCAGCUGUUACAGGAAGAGCAGUCCGAGUGUAGCAGCGUCCAUACUGCAGCCACUCCAGAAAGACGAGGCUCUCUGCCAGACACGGGCUGGAAACAUGAACGCAAGCUCUCCUCAGAGAGCCAGGUCUAAAUGCCCGCAUUCUCUUCCCUGCCUGCCUGUUCCUUCUCCUUUAUGGACGUCUAGUCCUUGUGCUUGCUUACACCGCAGGCCCCUCUUCUGUGUGCUCGUCCUCCUCCUCCUCCCACCCCAUAACUGCUCCUAAGCCCUCACUGGAGCUGUUUACCACCUGAGUCCAUAACUACCUGUGCACAACAAAUGAUGGCACAUCUCGAGAAUUUAGACCUGGAUUUUACCAUGAACCUCACAUCUUGUACUCCGUCCUGGGCCCCCUGAAACUGCUUAUUCAUGAUUCCUCGCCAGCGUAGAGCUCCACCUCCCCUUCCCCCGGUACCCUCAGUGCCUGCUUCUCAGUGCUGAUGCAGCUGAUGACCCAGGACUGUGCUCUGCCCCAGCACAGCCAGCAUGACUGCUUCUCUGAGAGAACUUGCCCAUCAGAGGCUGGGACAAGGGGGUGUGGGUAAAGAGGGAUGAAGGAUAGAGGCUGAGAGAAGAAGGAAAAGUCAGCCCAGCAGGUAUGGGCAUCUGGGAACCUUCAGCCUCAAGUGUGUUGGUAACAUGAAAAAGCUUUGGUGGGUAGUUGGGUCUGGGUGUCUGGUCCAUUGCUGGCAGUGGACAUUAUUCUUGCCCUAAGAGUCACUGCCUUUUCAGCAGCAGAUACUGGUAAGAUGGGGGUGGCUCAAGCUGUUCUUCCUCCUGCUAGAAUGUGUGGAGCUCUUUCUACCUUCGGAUAACUGGGGCCCCUAUCACGAGGCUACUGGCUAAUAUGAAUUCCCUCCUGGUGCCACCACUGGCCAGUAUCUUUCCUAAGUCUUUGAUCAGAGUAACCAGGUUGUGAGCCAGUGGCUUGAGUGAAUGUUAGGCCUUGGGGGCUGAGUCUCUGAAAAGUCUAAGAAGCUCUGCCUAGACCAAACAUGGUAUACCACCUGAACCCUCUCUCCCUCAUUCCCUGGGAUUCUAGGGAAGAGACCUAGAAACAAGCUUUCAAAGAAAAACCAGAAGUUGUCAUAAAUGGUCAGAAAGAACAAUCAGGUUGGAGACUUGGGACACCCAGGGCCUAAAGAGAAGUAUCCAUGAGGGUCAAACUUCCUGUUGAACUUCCUGUGUUCUUUCUCAAGUGCUCAGGGAUCUAAAUUAGUGGACAGCGAGCCUGUGGCUGUGGGGUGGUGACGUUCCUUUUCCAGCUGUCUCCUCAGCUAAGGGGCUUGGUUUCCGUGUGGGAUGCCAUCACUUGGUUCAUGCUCAUUCACACAAAGGGCAUGUGUCUCAGCCUAGUAUGAGGGAAACUGAGACUUAUUUUUGCCCUAAAACGUCUCCCUAGUUGUUCUUCAUGGGUUGGUUUGUUUUUUUGUUUUUUUUUUUCCGUUUGUUUUUUGCCUAAUUUGCUUUUUCUGACCAAGCCUUGUGGCACCAGCAAUCUCCAAAGUCCUGUGGUGGGAGGGCCGAAUAAAUAAAGAUGCAAAGAGGUGGGCAAGGAGUAGGAAGGUAGAGAGCACCACUGAUGAGGCCCUCCUAGCCCAUGGCAGACCCAGACCUCUUCUCCCCCAGGAAUUAGAAGUGGCAGGAGAGGACAACAGGGGCUGGGAAUGGAGGGGAGAAUUUCUAGGGGAAGUUUCCUGAGUUGAAACUUCUCCUGUGGUUACUGGUAUUGAGAAAUCAGCUACCAAACAUGGGUGAAAAAGGACAAGAUCAAGUCAGUUCUAAGACUGCUAGAGAGAGAUACCAAGCCCUUAGCCUUGCUCUCAGUAGCAUCAGCCCCAGGUCUGAGCUUCCCCACAUUACAGCCUCCCCACAUUACACUUGACAAAGCAGUAAAGGAGGGAGCACUUUGGGUCCUGACACUCAUGUCUGGGGAGGAAGAGCAAGUAGAAAAGUGGCAUUUCCUUAAUUGGAAAGGGGGAAGGAUCUUAUUGCACUUGGGCUGUUCAGAAUGUAGAAAGGACAUAUUUGAGGAAGUAUCUAUUUGAGCACUGAUUUACUCUGUAAAAAGCAAAAUCUCUCUGUCCUAAACUAAUGGAAGCGAUUCUCCCAUGCUCAUGUGUAAUGGUUUUAACGUUACUCACUGGAGAGAUUGGACUUUCUGGAGUUAUUUAACCACUAUGUUCAGUAUUUUAGGACUUUAUGAUAAUUUAAUAUAAAUUUAGCUUUUCUUAAUCA